GAUUUGCAAAAAUAUUACAUAUACAUAUAAAAUAUUGCAGAAUUUCUAGUAUUAUACAAGAUCCCUGUUAUUCGACAAAUUACUAUUAAUAUAACGUUUUCUUUAAUAAAAAAUCAGUAUUGAUUUUGCAAACGGAUACAAAGAUUAUCAUUAUUACUUUAUACAUUAUGUUAAAUAUUUUUUUGUUUGUUUAAAUAAUAUUUCCGAGUUUUUAACCUGUAAUUAAGCAAACAAUUUUAUUUAUAUUUAAGUAGCUUAAUUAAACUUAUUUCAAAAUAUCUAUUUCUAAAUGCAGUAUUUGGAUACACUUGACACAAUAUAUAUUAUUACUUGUGAAACAAUCUAUAACAAAAAGAGAACUAUAAUGUUUUUAAUGAUUAUUUUAUAAAUUAAGAAACUUUUUAUAAAAGUUUAGAAAUAACCAUUAUUAUUGCUUUUCUAAAAUAGACAAAAAUAUAUUUAAAUAUAUCUUAUUGGGAAUAGUCUAAAAUGUGCGUGUGUGUGAGUGUGUGAUCAAAUUGUGCAUGCAUCUAUGAGCCAAAGAUGAGAAAAAGUCAAAUAAAAUAGUAAUAAUAUAUAUAAAUAAUAUAAACUAAUAAUACGAUAAUCAUAAAAAUAAUCGAUUGUAGAAACUGACAGAUUAAGAUUGUUCUGUGACAUCAAAAUAUCUAAAAUAUUUUUUACUCGCAGAAUUGAAGAGAAUUAUUCGGGUCAGCAACAAUAUUCCAUUCGAGAAACGUAGAUUAUAAAGUCGUCCGAUUUGAAUCAUUCGAUUUAAAUCUCUGCGUUUUUCCUCGAACUUGAGUGUGUGUGAUAUUUAACAGAGUCUGAUUGUUUCUAAAACUCUUCUCCUCGUCAACGCAAACGAUCUCAUUUUGAUUCCCGCUAUUUUUGCAAAUAUUAUUUACAUUUCAAUCUAAUUGGUCUGUCUGAUACGCAUCUAAGGUUGCGUUCGAAAAUUUACUCGUCGGGUAGAGUAGCGUUUGCUCGACCAAUCAAGAUAAAAUGAGCAAAAAUUUCUUUAUUCCGAUUGGCCAAUUAUACUCUACUCUACAGAUCGAUUUUUGAACGCAACUCUGAAUAGACCAAUCAAAUUCGAUCACACAACGUAGUUUGCUUUAUCAGAUCGCAGCCAAUGAUCGUCGAGCUAGACUUUCAAAUGCGAAGUAAACAGUUUCGCGAAAAUAGCGCGAAUCGAAGGUGAGACCGUGUGUGUCGAAGAGAGAGUAUUUUUAGUGAGAAAUCUUUUCUGAUUUAAUAAAUCUUCGAUAGUGAUUUCUUUUAAUACUCGUUGCAUCUCGUUUCACCGCUCGUGUUGUAUUGUAUUUUAUUACAAACAAUGGCAGUACAACCUAAUCAACAACCCUCCUACACAACAGAGCUUUGUUAGAUUUUUUAAGAAUCUUCCAGAGAAACUUGACACGACAAUACGAUUCUUCAAUAGGUCAGACUAUUAUACAUUGCAUGGAAGUGAUGCUCUCUUUGCUGCACAAGAAGUAUUUAAAACAACAUCUGUUUGUAAGAUGAUUGGAGCUGAGCCGCAUAAAACGGAAGGAGUCAUUCUGAAUAAAGGUCACUUUGAGACAUUUGUGCGUGAUUUGUUGUUAGUUAAGCAAUACAGAGUUGAAGUCUAUGUAAAUCAAGGCUCGUCUAAAAAUCAGAACUGGGUCUUGGAAUAUAAAGGUUCACCCGGUAAUCUAUCUCAUUUUGAAGAUAUUCUGUUCGGUAAUAACGACAUAGCCGUGGGUGUAUCUGUAAUAGCUGUGAAACUAGGUACGGAAGGAAAAUCCAGAGUCGUUGGACUAAGUUGUGUGGAUGUCGUUUCGACUUUAAUCUUAGUCGCCGAGUUUCAAGAUAACGAAUCAUUCUCGAAUUUAGAAUCACUCAUUGUAACUCUGGCUCCAAAAGAAUGCUUACUAAUUCAAGGGGAAGGCAGUCAUGAAUUUCAAACUCUUAAACAAUUAAUAGAAAGAAACAAUACAAUGGUCACUUUAAGAAAAAGAAAUGAAUUUUCCAGUGAUUCAAUCAUAGAUGACCUAAAUACAUUAAUAAAAUUCAAAAAAGGACAGAAGCAGAAUGCACAAUCACUGCCUGAAGUUAAUUUAAAUCUAGCUAUGUCUGCUACUUCUGCUCUCAUCAAAUAUUUAGAUUUAACAUCGGACGAAGGCCAUAUGAAUCAGUUUAGUCUAAAGCAAGUGGAGCAAUCGCGAUAUAUAAGAUUAGAUUCCGCGGCAAUAAAGGCUCUUAAUAUAGAACCGCAGAGUGAUGGGGCUUCUAACUUGCACGGAAAUCCUGCCGCCAGCGUCUUAACGUUAUUAGACAAAUGCAGGACCGCACAAGGGCAUCGACUGAUUGCACAAUGGGUUCGACAGCCCCUUAGAGACUUGUCUCUAAUAAAGGAACGGCAUGACAUCGUUGAAUUAUUAGUACAAAAUAACGAAUUAAGAUCCGUUCUUAAUGAUGAUUAUUUAAAACGUAUACCAGAUUUGCAACAGCUCGCAAAAAAAUUGGCUAGAAAAAAAUCAGCAUUACAAGAUUGUUACAAAAUCUACUUGUGUGUAUCAUAUUUGCCAAAACUAUUAGAACAACUCUCACCAGAAGCAAGUGUAACAGCACUAAAGACAAUGAUAAUAGAUCCAUUAAAAGAACUGAUAGACGAUAUGGAUAAAUUUCAACAGUUGGUGGAGCAAACAAUUGAUUUAGACGCUGCUGAAAAGGGAGAUUUUAUGGUUAAUCCAGGAUUUGCGGAUGAUUUCAAAGAAUUAAAAGAUGCCAUGGAUGAAACAGAGGAAAGAAUACAACGACAACUUGGUAAAGCGGCAGAUGAUCUUGGCAUGGAAGCAGGGAAAACGUUAAAGUUAGAAUCUAAUCAACAAUUGGGCUAUUAUUUUCGUAUCACGUUAAAAGAAGAGAAAAUACUUAGAAAUAAUAAGCGUUAUACAAUUUUGGAUUCUAAUAAAACCGGUGUAAGAUUCCGAAACAGUAAAUUGAGCGAAUUAAACGACGAUUUUAUAAUCGCCAGAAAUAAAUAUCUGGAGAGACAGAAAGAUGUUAUUACGGAGAUUAUAGGAAUCGCAGCUGGUUAUAGCGAAACAAUGCGUACUAUUGGUGGUGUGCUGGCACGCCUCGACGUUCUCACAGCGUUUGCUUCCGCGGCAGUAAGCGCUAACAAGGUAUAUGUGCGUCCCGAGAUGGUUCCGAGUGAAGAAGGUGAAAUGAAUCUUAUUCAAGUCAGACACCCAUGUUUGGAGAUGCAGCAAGGAGUAGACUAUAUUGCCAAUGAUAUUAAUUUUAAACGAGAUCAGUACCAUUUUUGCAUCAUUACUGGCCCAAACAUGGGAGGUAAAAGUACUUAUAUUAGAUCUAUCGGUGUAGCUGCAUUAAUGGCACAUAUUGGUAGUUUUGUUCCUUGCGAUAGAGCGACUAUAUCGUUAUUGGAUUGUAUAUUAGCUCGAAUAGGAGCUGAUGAUUCUCAAUUGAAAGGAUUGUCGACUUUCAUGAUGGAAAUGAUAGAAACUGCAGCUAUUUUGAAAACAGCAACAUGUAACUCUCUUGUAAUCAUUGAUGAAUUGGGUAGAGGGACAUCCACUUAUGAGGGUUGCGGUAUAGCAUGUUCAAUAGCAGAACAUUUGGCAAGGGAUAUUAAAUCGUAUUGUCUGUUUGCUACACACUUCCAUGAGAUCACCAGGUUAGCCGAAGAAGUACCUACUAUACAGAAUCACCAUGUUACUGCUCUUGUUGAAGAUAACAAAUUGACAUUACUUUAUAAAGUAAAACCAGGGAUUUGUGACCAAAGUUUUGGUCUUCAUGUCGCUAAAAUGGCUAAUUUUCCGCCAGACGUGAUAGAGUUUGCCAAAAGGAAGCAAGCUGAACUUGAAGAUUAUCAAAGCGUGGUUUUUGAAGGAUCCAAUAAUCCCCACAAGAAACGAAAGAUCAUUCAGGAAGCUGAAACACUCAUUUCGCAAUUUCUCAAAAAGUGUAAAACUUUAGAUCUGUCUUUAUCUGAUGCUGAUAUAGAAAAUGAGGUAUUAUCAUUGAAGGAAGAGGUACUGUCUCAUAAGAAUCCUUACAUUAAAGCGUUACUCGACGCUUCUUCUUAAGCAAAUAAUUAAAUAUUGUAGAAAUCCCUGUAUUGGGGACGUUUAAAAGAAGGGAGAGGGGGGAGAGGGAGAGAGACAGAAAAAAAUAACACACAAGCAGUAUUAUUUUUAUAAACAUUUUCAAUUGUUAAUUAUACACU